AUGAUCGACUACAUGGAAAAGGUGCUUCGAUCCUUUGAACUACGUACAGGAUGGAAUCGAGAUAACAGCUAUGAAAACAUUAUGGCAACCUCGGAGAAUCUCCUGAAUUUUGAUAUUCCCACCGGGCUCAAGUGUCAAGUUUCCAACAGAUCAACGGGAAAUACGUAUUCGACGUUCGAACUCUCUAACAACAAGGUAAUAAAUGGCUCACUUGCAUACAUUUAUACCAAUUGCGAGGGUCUAGAUAAAUAUUUGUCAAGUUCUCGAGAGACGCUGCUACAAGAUGCUUCUGAAUCGUACCGUCAAAUAACGCCGCCACAUCAGUACCGAUACUCGAGGAAGGGCUUUGAGUCCACCUCUUUAUGGCACGGUCGAAUGUAUUAUCCGAGCUCUACAUUAGAGGCAAUGGUGGUAAAGCGUUUAAAUCCCGAAACACAGCUGGUUGCAAAGUGUUUGAGCAGCCUUGCCCAUACAAGUGUGCUGACGUUGUACUUGCAAAAAGACUCUGGUCGCAAUUGCCAGGAAUGGAUUGCAUCUUCAAAUGAGGGUCUUCUUGGUUAUCGUAUACUUCACAAUUUUACUGGAAGCCAAUCAAAGCUCAAUACUUCACUUUAUAACAAUUCGUCGUUGUCGCUUGGGGCAGAAAUGUGGUUUGGAGUUUUGAAUACAAGUCCUGCGUGCUCUACCACAUUGCGUUAUUGCACUCAUUCUGCAAACACAGGGAGGCCCUUGACUCUGACACUGUCGUGGAACCCUCUUUUUGGCCACGUCUCUUCGACGUAUUCCGUGAAGACCUCUUCAGGCGCCACCAUCAGCUCCAAAUAUGACUUUAAUCUAUACUCGAUUGAAUCGAAUCUUUCCUUUGGUUGUGACGUUUGGAGAAGUGGAGUCCAGGACAUAAAAUUGAAAAAGGAAGACUCGGCAAAACCUGCUUCACCGCCAUCUAUUGAGAGAAAAGCCGGCUAUCCUGAUGACAAGCUCAUGUUCUAUCAUCUAAUGGCGGGAUCCUCAAAUUCUCAAAAAUUAUUGGAUGAUUUGAAUGUCACUUUCGCCCCAUCAUUGCAUAAAAUUCAUCAAGAACGCUCUAAUAUAGAAAAUUACGAAAGCUCAUUACGAGAGGCCAAUUUUACGAGUGUUUGGAGGCUCAGUACGAGUCUGCGAGAUAGAAACUUGAAGGUGUUGUGGGAAGGUAAAUACAAGGAAUUUCUGAUUUCAGCUGGAACCGAGCUCACGAAUACCCCACUCGACGUGCCCACGAAUAGCAUUCAAGAAUCAAAAACAUCCAACGGAUUCUUAAGACCUGCAAAAUUUGGCGUUCAACUACAGUACUCUAUGUAG